CGCCGCCGCCGAGGAGUGAACUCUCCGCCGGGGGCCGGAGGAUGCAUCCCUGGGAAGCGAGAGGGUCGUCAAGGGUACCCGCCGGUAACAAAAGGAGUAAUAACAAAUCAUGGGGAACCCAGAGUUUACAACUGACGCUUACGUGGCUGUCAUUCGUCCCAAAAAUACUGCAAGUCUGAAUUCUCGUGAAUAUCGGGCGAAAUCAUAUGAGAUUUUGUUGCUGGAAGUUCCUAUUGAGGGACACAAGAAAAAAAGAAGGAAGAUGUUGCUGGAAACGAAGCUUCAAGGAGGCAGUGAUGUAACACAAAGUAUCUUGGAUUAUAUACUAGAAACCACCAAACCAAUUUCACCAGGAAAUCAAGGUAUCAAAGGGAAAAGAGUUAUGUUAAUGAAGAAGUUUCCUCUUGAUGGAGAGAAAGCAGGCAAGGAUGCAUCACUUUUUGUUGUACCAACAGUUGUAAAAGAUAACACAAAAUAUGCAUACAGUCCUGGAUGCCCAGUUUUCUACUGCUUACAAGAUAUUAUGAGAGUAUGCAGUGAAUCAAGCACUCACUUCGCUACACUUACAGCUAGAAUGUUAAUUUAUUUGGAUAAGUGGCUAGAAGAACGGCAUUCACAAUCACAUUCUAUCCCAGCUUUAUUCAGACCAUCUCCCCUAGAGCGAAUUAAAACAAAUGUCACAAACCCCGCAUAUGCUGUUGAACCUGGGCAAACGGAGAGCUCACUUCACAUGGGAUACACUGCAUUGGAAAUCAAGAGUAAAAUGCUGGCGCUUGAGAAAGCAGACAUGUGUAUCUACAAUCCUUUGUUUGGGUCAGAUCUUCAGUAUACCAAUCGGGUUGAUAAAGUGGUUAUAAAUCCAUACUUUGGACUUGGGGCUCCAGACUACUCAAAAAUACAGAUUCCAAAGCGUGAAAAGUGGCAACGCAGCAUGAGCAGUGUCAUGGAGGACAAGGAACGGCAGUGGGUUGAUGACUUUCCUCUUCACCGUAGUGCUUGUGAAGGAGACACUGAGUUGUUGAGCCAACUUCUAGAUGAAAAUCUUUCAGUUAACCAGUUGGACAAUGACCACUGGGCACCUAUCCAUUAUGCAUGCUGGUACGGAAAAGUGGAAGCCACUCGGAUGCUGUUAGAGAAAGGCAAAUGCAAUCCCAACUUGCUGAAUGGACAGCUCAGCUCUCCUCUUCACUUUGCUGCUGGGGGAGGGCAUGCAAAUAUUGUUCAGAUUCUCCUGAACCAUCCAGAAAUUGACAGACAUAUUACAGAUCAACAAGGAAGAAUGCCAUUGAACGUCUGUGAAGAGAACAAACAAAAUGAAUGGGAAAAAACAGCUACCUUGUUGAAAGAGGCCAUAAAUAAACCAUAUGAGAAGGUGCGAAUUUACCGAAUGGACGGAUCGUACCGCUCUGUUGAGCUGAAACAUGGAAACAACACUACUGUGCAACAGAUAAUGGAAGGAAUGCAUCUUUCUCAAGAAACGCAACAGUACUUCACUAUUUGGAUCUGUUCUGAAAACCUUAGUCUCCAGCUGAAGCCAUACCAUAAACCUCUGCAGCAUGUCCGUGACUGGCCUGAAAUACUCACCGAACUGACAAACCUGGAUCCUCAAAGGGAAACGCCACAGCUUUUCUUGAGAAGAGAUGUGAGACUUCCUCUGGCAGUUGAAAAAAAGAUUGAGGAUCCACUGGCUAUUCUUAUCCUGUUUGAUGAAGCCAGGUACAAUUUGCUGAAAGGCUUCUACACCUCACCUGAUGCCAACCUGAUAACCCUUGCAAGUCUUCUGCUGCAAAUAGUCUAUGGAAAUUAUGAAAGUAAAAAACACAAACAGGGUUUCCUGAAUGAAGAAAACUUAAAAUCUAUAGUACCAGUCACAAAAUUAAAAAGUAAGGCACCACACUGGACAAACAGAAUACUUCACGAGUACAAGAGUCUCAGUACUAGUGAGGGUGUGAGUAAAGAGAUGCAUCACCUGCAGCGCAUGUUUCUGCAGAACUGUUGGGAGAUCCCAACCUAUGGAGCUGCUUUUUUCACAGGACAAGUAUUUACAAAAGCAAGCUCAAGCAAUCAUAAAGUCAUCAGAGUGUACGUAGGCGUAAAUGUCAAAGGACUGCAUCUUCUAAAUAUGGAAACCAAGGCUUUGCUCAUAAGUUUAAAAUAUGGUUGCUUCAUGUGGCAGUUGGGAGAUGGAGAUACCUGUUUUCAGAUUCAUAGCCUGGGAAACAAAAUGAGCUUUACAGUGCAUACAAAACAGGCCGGUCUCGUCGUGAAACUACUGAUGAAAUUAAGCAGCCAGUUGAUUCCUGGUGAAAGAAAUGACUGAAAUAAGAAUAGCUAUGUCAUGAAUUUUGUAAUGCCUGUAUUAUAAAUUUUGUAAUGUCCGUAUUAUAAAGCCUUACAUGUGUAUGAGUUGUACAGGGAUAAUAUGCUAAGCUUAUUGAAUUUCAGAAGCUGCAUUGUUUGGUAAAUGUGUAAAUACCUUGUUGCCUCCUUUUUUGAUGCUUUAUUGGAGAAUAAUAUUUUGUGUAGUGCGAGUGCGUAUGUAAACUCAAGUGUACGAAUAUUAAAUAAGACCGAGUUAUUUACAGGGCCUAAUAGAUUCUAGAGUAAGUAUAUGUUGUAUAGUUUUUAGUAGGCAAUGUAGGAGCAAGUGCCAUACAGUAGCCCUAGUUCAAUCUGGUAACUGCAAACUGAUCUCUCGGACUGAGAGCUGAAAGCAGGCACACACAAGGGCUUUUUGGAGAUACUGGAAACUUUUUGUUCUGUGAUCCUUCACAGCCCCUGAGAGUCUAGAAACCUUCCAGUAAAGAAUAAGAGGCUGCAGGUAGAGGGGGAGAUCAGGAACAAAAUGUGCACUUUUCUUUAAUACACAAGGCUUAUUGGAAACCAGAUAAUAUUUUAGUUAGCGUUUGUCACCCUUGCUUUAUAACUCAGUUUGAAAAUAAAAGUCUCACUAUACAUCCAGAGUACUGUAUGGAAAGAGUUGCUAAAA